GAAAAAAAAGAUCGCAGAUACAGAUACAAAGAGGAGUCGUCUAUUUAUGUCUAUGGCUUGACUCUGCUAUAGUUCAGUUGGCAAGUGCAGCCAGGACACACGGACCAAUUCCUGGACAAGAGAGACUUGAGUUUUAUGGUCCAAAGUGAUUCCUGAUGGUAGCUACAGACUGAGAAGGACUGACUAUAACUAUAACCUCUACCAGAUUAAGACCUCAAACGGGUUUGUGUGACCUACCCUUCAGUGUGGGGGUGUUAGGACUAUCCCUCUGACAGCAUGGCCCCAGCGGUGGGCGGUCCGGUGGGCUACACUCCUCCAGAGGGGGGCUGGGGCUGGGCGGUGGUGGUGGGAGCCUUCAUCUCUAUCGGCUUCUCCUAUGCCUUCCCCAAGUCCAUCACUGUCUUCUUCAAGGAGCUGGAGGCCACCUUUGACGCUACUCCCUCACAGGUCUCAUGGAUCUCCUCUAUCAUGCUGGCCUGCAUGUACGGUGGAGGACCAAUUAGCAGUAUUCUGGUGAACCGUUAUGGCAGUCGACCAAUCAUGAUGCUAGGGGGCUGUCUGUCAGGAAGUGGUUUGAUAGCAGCUUCCUUCUGCAACACUGUGCAACAACUCUACUUCUGUGUCGGAGUUAUUGGAGGUCUGGGUCUAGCGUUCAACCUGAACCCGGCGUUGACUAUGAUUGGUAAAUACUUCUAUAAGCGUCGUCCUAUAGCUAAUGGCAUUGCCAUGGCGGGCAGCCCAGUCUUCCUGUCUACGCUGGCUCCUCUUAACUCCUGGUUCUUUGACCAGUUUGGCUGGAGGGGCUCCUUCCUCAUCCUAGGUGGUCUACUGCUCAACUGCUGUGUAGCCGGGUCCUUGAUGAGACCCAUUGGACCCAAACCUGCCGACCCCCAACUGUCGGAGAACGGGGCGGUGAAGAAGGCGGAGUCUAAUCUGACGGUGAUGCAGCGUGUCAAUGCCGUGAUCGACCUGACGCUGUUUAAACACCGCGGCUUCCUGCUGUAUCUCCUUGGCAACGUCAUCAUGUUCUUUGGCCUGUUCUCUCCCCUAGUCUUCCUCUCCAACUACGCUAAGAGUAAGGACAUCAGUAAAGAGAAGGCUGCUCUGCUUCUCUCCAUCCUCGCCUUUGUUGACAUGUUCGCCCGUCCUUCUAUGGGGCUGUUAGCCAACACCCGCUGGGUCCGACCCAGGAUACAGUACUACUUUGCUGCAUCCGUGCUCUAUAACGGGGUGUGUCACGUCUUGGCACCGCUGUCCGUGGACUAUGUAGGCUUCGUGGUGUAUGCUGUGUUCUUUGGGUUUGCGUUCGGCUGGCUGUCAGCAGUUCUGUUUGAGACUCUGAUGGACCUGGUCGGGGCCCAGAGGUUCUCCUCAGCUGUCGGACUCGUCACCAUCGUGGAGUGUGGACCGGUACUGCUGGGACCGCCACUACUCAGUCGUUUCUAUGACUUCUAUGGUGACUACCAGUGGACCUACCUGUGUUGUGGUAUCAUCCUCAUCAUCUCCUCAGUUUUCCUCUUCGUAGGGAUGGGCAUCAACUACAAGCUGUUGGAGAGAGAGAAGGAGGAGGAGGAGAGGAGAGAGACUGAGCGGCCCAAGGAGGAGUGCACAGCCAUGCUGGAGGGAGAGAAGGAGGAGAGGAGAGGGACUGAGCGACCCAAGGAGGAGUGCACGGCCAUGCUGGAGGGAGAGAAGGAAAGGGGGGAGGAGAGUAGUGAGGCCACACCCAUGACGGAUGUUUCUAAGAUGGAUGAAGAUAUUGUUUAGCAGGGUAGGCAACUAAAUGUAGUCACGGUCGAGGGGCUGAAACAACAUAAUUAGAAUAAUUUGAACACUGUAAAUUCACCACAACUAAGCCCAAAAAGAGAGAACAUGAUCAUUUCAUACCUUGAUUACAUUGAGAAUAGUUGGGAGCACAUUUCCUAAAUUUAAAUAAUUUUUUGUUGAAUUCCUGUAUCCCCUUAUUAUUACUAUAAUUAUUAUUAUUACUACUACUACUUCGGGGGGCCCAAAAAAAUCACUUUCGGGCUGGUUUUGGCCCGUGGGCCGCCUGUUGCCAACCCCUGCUGUAUAGAGACUGACAUGAUCUGGACACACACCCUCUGGUUUAGGUACCUUUGGUAAACUGAGCCGAGUCCUCUACAGUAGACGAGCUAUAACACAGAGGACUACUGUCUCUGAGCUCACAUAUACAACAUCCAGUAUCUAUCCCAGCUCUACACACUGUCUUCAUACAUACCUGAAUGGUCAUGUCAUCACAUCAGUCUUUGUGCUUCCCAGAUCCUGUGUGCGGUACGAUCAAUCACAGUAUUAUAGGUGAUCAGAAUGAUUGAUAGUGUUGUUUUUAUAAUGUUAAUGAUUAGUAGAAUGUAGAGACUAUUGUGAUUCUGUAAUGAUGUAGAUUUCUAGUUGAGGAGCACAACGAUGUGAUUUCAAUCGCUAAGCUUUUCAGUUUAGCCGAGAAGCUUUUUGUAAGCACUUUGAACAUCUUUCUGAAGACAGACACAACCUUUUGUGUGUGUGUGAGUGUGUGGACGUGUGUGUGGGGACGUGUUUAACUAUUUUUGUCCCCCACAAGAAUAGUAAAGGAACAAAAAUGUGACCAACUGGGGACAUUUUGUUAGUCCCCACAAGGUCAAAUCCUAUUUCUAGAUGGUUUAGGGUUAGAAUUAGUGUUAGAAUGAUGUUAAGGGUUGGGAGCUAGGGUUGGGGUUAAGGUAAGAGUACAGGUUAGGGAAAAUGGGAUUUUGAAUGGGACUGAAUUGUGUGUCCUCACAGUUAGCUCUGUGUGUGUGGCAGGCGGACACGCAGGCGGACACGCAGGCGGACACGCAGGCAGGCAGGCGGACACGCAGGCACGCAGGCGGACACGCAGGCACGCAGGCGGACACGCAGGCACGCAGGCGGACACGCAGGCAGGCAGGCGGACACGCAGGCGGACAGGCAGAUACAGACACAGGCGUUUCUUUUAGUGCUGUAUCAUAUCAGCAGAUACUGUAUCAAUAUGUCCCAAACUGAAUCCUGUUCCCUAUAUAGUGCACUACUUUAGACCAGAGCCCUAUUCCCUGUAUAGUGCACUAAGGUAAAGGGUACUAUUUUGAGGUCCUAUGUCUACAGAUACAGUAUGAGCGUUAAUUCAGUAAGUCCUUCCAUUCAGCAGUCUGGGGUAGUACCAGCUGUCACCAGGAGAGAGCAGUAUAAUCUUUAGAACAUUCAGCAGUCUGGGGCAGUAGAGUCUAUAGAACAUUCAGCAGUCUGGGGCAGUACCGGCUGUCACCAGGAGAGGGCAGUAGAGUCUUUAGAACAUUCCGCAGUCUGGGGCAGUACCAGCUGUCACCAGGAGAGGGCAGUAGAGUCUUUAGAACAUUCAGCAGUCUGGGGUAGUACCGGCUGUCACCAGGAGAGAGCAGUAUAAUCUUUAGAACAUUCAGCAGUCUGGGGCAGUACCGGCUGUCACCAGGAGAGGGCAGUAGAGUCUUUAGAACAUUCAGCAGUCUGGGGCAGUACCGGCUGUCACCAGGAGAGGGCAGUAGAGUCUUUAGAACAUUCAGCAGUCUGGGGUAGUACCGGCUGUCACCAGGAGAGGGCAGUAGAGUAUUUAGAACAGUGUUCACGUUUUCUGAUUCAAAAUCACUUUCAGUCAACAAGUCAGCCAAGAUCUACAGCUCAGAUUGUUUUUCCUUAAAUGACUUUAAUGUAACAUGAACCUAAUAAAAACUGUUCUGUAGGAUUGUGCAGUAGGCCUAAUACAUUAUCACAGCAUAUUGGCUAUGUGCCUGGCCUGCCAAUAUUGUUCUUCUUCGACCAUAUUAUAUUUCAAAUAUCGAGCCUUGAUAACAAAAUAGAUCAGUUGGUAUAGCACUUGCAAGGCACUGUGGAGCAUUAAUUAAAAUAAUUAGCUUUUUUAUUUUACUGCACUGAUGGUACCUGCAUCUUAUGGUCAUGGUGCUUUCAAUACAACUGGGAAUUUGAGAAAAAUAAAACUAGGUCAAAAAUAUGAAGUCAGUGAUCUUCAGGUUGGAAAGUCGGACCUCUAGAAAGAUGCCAGAGUUUCCGACUGGGAAUUCCGAGUUGGAUGUCCUUCAAAACAAAUGUUCCCCGUCGGAUCUAAAAAAAAGAACAUUCAGAGUUCCCAGUUUUCUUCAACACACUGAAGUCGGAAGGCAGAGAUUUCCAAGUUCCCAGUUGUUUUGAACACUGCAUUAGUCUCAAUGGAGGGAGGGAGAGAGCAGCAGAGGGUUCACCUCUCACGGUCCCUGUUCUCUCCUUUUCCUCCCGUGAGACUGACAAGAGAGAGGGGACACCGUCUUCCAUCUGGUGGCCAAACUUGAGUCGCACCGCAUCUGCCUCAUGCACACAUUCAUGUUGUUCCUGUGACCAGAGAAAGUGAAAUAUUCCUUGAUAUUAAAAUAGACUCGACAAGCUGCUAAUAAUGAUAAAACGCAGGGCUAUCGCUGCACUUGGCUACUCAUUCAUUGCAGCUUACAGCGUGAGCGGAAGUAUGGAGAAGCGUGUUUUAUGUUUUGUAUUAGUGUUGAAUAAACACAGUUGACAGUCUGAAUACACAAACUCAGCAGCUCUUUGCUCUAUUCUAUGACGGUCUUUGGUCAUAAUUCUAAAAUGUUUUAAAUGUUAUGUAGGCUAGUAGCCUAUCAAACUGCUGUGGCCAUGGGUCAUGGAAGAUCUUCAGGCACGCUCCAUUUAGCUACAGAUCUCCCAGUCUUUAGAGUAGGCGGAGUUGAUCUUUUCAGACAAAUAAAAUGUUUCAAAAUGGGAACACUUUGCCUAGCCGGUGUGCAGGGCUUCUGAAUCAAUGCACCUACUAACAACUGUGCAACAUGAAUAAAAAAGGAGAGCGAGCCUUUAUCGUUGGCUUUUCUACAGACAUGUUUGAUGAUUGACUAAGAAUACCUUGAAGAUCGACCAGUCAGCGACUGUGCUUUAGAACAUUCAGAAGGCUGGGGUAGUACCGGCUGUCACCAGGAGAGGGCAGUAGAGCCUUUAGGACAUUAGAACCUUCUCUCUGGGUUAGGUUGCCCAGGGGACAAAAAUUUAUCCUCAAUAAUUUUUCAACCUUUCAGAUUUUUGUCAUUUAACUCCAUCGAUCAGCACCCCACAUUGAAAUGUUUUUAGAAACAGAAUUAAAUCAUGUUUGUAACACUUGAUUACUUUAGCAUUUCUUGUUCUCAGUCUUCCAUGAUAUUGUGACGCAGCCUUUCUUUACUGUGUGUGAUGUCAUGUUUAAAGGAAGUGUUUCAUCAUGUUUUUCCUAUUUGAUGGAUGGUAAUGAAGGAACAGUGUUGCUGCUUCAGUUGUAGUAUGCAAUAGCUAGCUAUUAUCUUGUGCUUAUUGAGGGAUUUGGGCCCUGUUUAGAUCCACUCAAACACUGCCUUUCCACCUCCCCUCCUUUCUGUCAUUUUGUGAGGAAGGAUGAGGUACAUAUUUGAACUGAAGGAAUAUAAAGCUACUGUGGCUUGGGAUGUCUUGAGGUGAACCCUGGUUGUAAAAAGACACCUGGAAGGUUGACAGGAUUUAACAUUUAAUAAGUCAUACUCUUCCAGCAGUGUGGAGGAGUUUUGGUUCUUGUGAUCAAUGUUCCCUUAAAAUAAUUUAGGCGCUGAGCAAAUUUCAGGUCUGCUUAGCACAAACUUGUUGAAUGUUGUGAAGGUUCUGUGCAACUUCCGGCGCGUUUACUGAGGCUGUACCGGCUUUACAGUUACAUUUUCAGACAGUGGUCAAGUAGGCUCCUGUGGCUAUGUGAUCAUAAUGUAGGCCUACCAGAGUGGCCUACCAUCAAAACAAUGGAGAAAAUGCAUCCCAUAACAUUUGAACAUGGAAAUAGCUGUUGUAUCAUUCAGCCCACAGUAGCAGCCAAUGUGUGGUUUGUGUAGAAGACGAGUCAUAGUUCCUAUUCUGGUGGGUUCUGCCUGAAACACAAUCUCUUGCAUAGUUGGUUUUGCAUACUAAGUCUUGCAUAGUUAGUUUUGCAUACUAAGUCUUGCAUAGUUAGUUUUGCAUACUAAGUCUUGCAUAGUUAGUUUUGCAUACUAAGUCUUGCAUAGUUAGUUUUGUUUCGGUAUGUUACAUAGAAAGCGGUUAAUAUUUCAUUGAUUCUCUGACAAUUCCCACAGUAAAGGGAAACAUUGAGAGAGUGAAUUACAGGGAGAAAACUCUAGAAAGUUGAGUGAAGUUAAAUCUCGUGCUUCAUCUUAGAUGGAACAUUGCUUGUGAUUUAUAGUUGAAUAUCUCCGCAGCACAAGCCAGCAGGUUGACCUCUAGAGUUCGGAGAACAGUAGAAAACAUAUGACAUUUCACUGGAAAGAAAACAUGACUGUGUAAAAAUAACAAACAAUGCAGUGUUACUUUUUAUGGGGAGGAAAUGAAUAAACCAUUUAAAACACAA